CAACCUGGCGAAGUCACUUGAUAACUGAGGCCAGCAAGCAACAAUCAAUGUAGUGGGAAACAAGGACAGACCUUCAGCUCUUUCAUCAGAAAACUUUGGAUAUUGCUGAAGCAGAUUCAAAGGUCUACAUCAGUUCCACAAUAGCGUUGAAAGCAGCCAGAUACUCAUCCAUCGCAGCAUCCAUAUUUAGAGAAGCGCUUCUUCCAGCUUCACGGGAUAUACUAGUGAGGAUUGAUUCGACAAACUCCGGAGUUAUUCUGCUUUGUACAGGAUUGCUACCUGUAUAUACUGACCAAGAACCAUGGUAGAAAUUGUAAUUUCACCUCCACCACAGCAGGCCCGGAUGACUCCGAUGGCUUUAGCACCUGCCAACUCUACACUUGGCACAUCAGUUCUAAAGGGGUCAUCCGGAGGACAGCAGUUCAUUGUGAUCCCACAAAGUCUGCUCCAACAAACGGGAAUCAAUAACAUCUUUAGUGGGACAAUUGGAAACAACGCCAAUAAGAAGUCAGUCAUCAAACUAUCACCCAAAUCUCCCACCAUGUCUCCCAAGAUCACCUCGAGCACCCCCGGCAUUCAAAUCCCACAAAUUGGUAUCAAAAGACCACUUACAUCAAGUUCACCCGACCUCUCCGACAGUAACAGCAUUUAUGAUGACGAGGACAGCAAUUGCCCUGUGAGAAAACGAGCCAACUUGGACCAUCUCAGUCCGGAAGAAAAGAUGAUGCGUCGAAAACUGAAAAACCGUGUGGCCGCCCAAAAUGCCCGCGACAAAAAGCGAGUCAAAAUGGACGAAAUGGAAGACCGAAUCAACAAAUUGCAGGAAGAGAAGGACCAGCUUGAGGCUGAUAACCGUCGCCUGAGCCGUCUCAAUGAGCAACUGAUGUCAGAAAACAACGCCCUACGGGGCUCUUCGCCCACUCGCUUGAGUGUGGAUGGAUUUAAGGAUGAACUGCCUCCCUCCCCCGAAUCAAUGCCCCGAUCCCCCCUCCCCACAACCUUUGACAGCCAAAGCGACCAGACCAUUGUCGUAUCUCGACCCAGUGAGCCAGCUGAGCUUGCGAAUGCACUUCUGCCGAAAGGACAGGGUCAAGAUACGGCAGUGGACCCGAAACAGACAGCCGUGACCACGGCUGUAUGUCUCCUCUGGACGCUCUUAGCCGUCGCCACCACUCCACACUUGAUCAAUCAGGCCUCAUCCAAACAUCCACUCACCUCAAGUCAGUCGGCCAAGUGGCCCCCAUCGGGAACGUCGACGACAUCUUUGUCACAAUUGCCACUGCAGACAACACGAACCAAGAAACCGAUCUUGCCAUUAAAGAAGAGGACUUGGUCGGGGCUCAAACAAAGGUUAUGGAGUCCUGCCAAGACCUAGAUUUAUAUUUUGAGAGGGAUAUCCUCAAGGAGGCAUUUGAGGGCGCUACCAUCCACACCAACCCCCUUGAUGACCACCUGCUUAAAGUUGUCACUCAUCCCACUGACACUUGCACUGACAUCUUGUCGGACAAGCUUCUCGUCCAAGGCAAAGAACACCAAGAUGACCAAAUGCUCGUCCCUGGAACCACAUGGGAAGAAAGUUUCGAAGAUCUCUUCCCCGAUCUGAUAUAAAGUUCAUUCUUGGAAACUCAUGUUUGGACUUCAAUGUUCUCAACAUUUCAGGGCUGCGGCAUUUAGUCAUGUCUGGUUGCAGUUUCUACGCCACAGAUAAAAGAACUAAAAGCUUGUAUAUAGAUUUCUUAUGUAAUUAUCGGUAUUUCAUAACCUCUACAAUGUGGUUGGGUGCAAUUUUAAUAACAAAAUUCCUCGAUUAAACUGAAAUCAUGUUUUUUCAUUGUGA